GAUCUAUUACGACAAAUUGAUCACAAUGGACCUCCUUUAUAUACUUGCCUUAACCUACCUCCUCCAUUUGCCUGCAUUAGCCUACCUCUUCCCUUCUAUCCUGGCAUGUUACAACUAUGGUGGUUGGCUUGCAACACACUGCCGGCGUGGCCGCCAACACCUUUGUAAACGAGUCGAUCAGCUCAUAGAGCUGCAUACCAGGGCUGCGAAACAAGGUGACGGCGGUGUUGAGAGCGAUAAGGCAACCACAGCUCUACUAUGCUGCCCUGGCUUCCGUUUCUCUUCUUCCGUUAACCAACAACAAUCAAAAGCCCUUUUUCGUUGUCGCCUUUUCCAGGCCACCGACAAGCGCUCUAUCAUGGCGCCAACGCGCAACUCGUACCUAGCGUACAAGCGCGAUACCAGUUAUCUCAUCUAUUGGAUUGUGCAGACAUCCAAUUCCAUCAUCAAGUCUCUAGCAGCGUCCGAUAGCCCUGUGAAUGGAAUCGAUGGCGCCCCUAUGGUGCCUCUCACCUCGGCCGGGAUCACCGUUGCAGGCCUGGUUUCCCUUUCCAAGUUCGUUGGCAAGCAUAUCGACAGUGUUCCCUCGACUAUUCUCGCCCUCUUUCAAUCCGUCAUCGAGGCAAGAACAGCUACCCAUGCCGCUUUUCAGCAGAUGACAGCCAGGACUCCGGACCCGGAUGUCGAGAAGAGCAAUACUUCUCACAUGCGCUUCAUCAAUGCCUUGAAAGAAUCGUUUGAUGCGCUUGGUGGUCGAAACUGGAAGCCCAAUUCCUCGCCCGACGAGUCAGACCUUCUGGCCAACACCGAGCACGUCAAGGAAGAACUCGAUCGCUUGCUGGCCAACAAAUUCGGUGCUCUUGAGAUUCAACGGUCUCCAGAAGCCGACGAAGCCUCUGAGCAGGAGGGACCUCAGGAAAUCCACAGCAACGUCUUGCGCCAACGGAAACAGACCAAGCCAGGCAAGGGCAAGAAGGGCAAAAAGGGGAAAGCCAAGAAGAGUUCAAAGCCCAAAACUGCGCCCGCCAAGGAAGACUCGGAAUCUCUCGAAGGUGUGCCACUGGAGAGCUACCGCAUCAUUCAAGAUCAAGAUGGUAUUGUUACGGACUACCUUAUGGCUGUUUACGAUCUUAUCAAGGAAUGCAUGACCCUCCGAAACUACUUGCAAGGCAUCUGGCGCGAGGUGGCCUAUGACGGGCUCAAUAGCGCAGUAGCGGGUGCCCUUUCUAAUAUGGCCAUCGCCAUGGUUCAGCGCUCUGCAUCCGAGAUGUUUGUCGAUUUCCCCGACCAUGACUCCUAUGAGACCGUUAUGAAUACGAUUACCCGUGGGAAUGUGGAGAAGGCGCAGGGCAUGUUCCACGUCUUCCUAAUGUUCUUUGAGCCAGGUAGCAAUACCCCACAGAGAAAGGAACAACAGGAGGUGGAUAUCAAGGAGCAGUUCCUGAUUAAUGCCUACCACGAUCUUCUUGAUUUCGUUACCGAUUUCCAAAAGACGCGAACGGGCAAGCCGACGAAGCGGAUGCUGGAAGAGAUCAGGAACUGGGAUCCCAACUUUGACCUGAGGCACGCUACGAAGGAAGAGCGUAUCAGAUGGCGUCGCUCAUAUACCAUCAACUGGCUCUAUGACCUGGUCAAUGUCUUUUCUUCCAUUGUAGUUCAGCGCAACACUUUACGGGGCGAAAAGCACGUAUAUGAAAAGGUUGACUGGUCUCCAACGGGCCCAUGGGCCCAGCAUCGGCGACUGUUUGGGCUAAAUGAGUUUGCUGGUUUCGUAACCUCUCUGGCCAUGCAGAAGCCUGGCACUGAUGUUAGAAACCGGAUUCUUCCCCAUCAUGUCUUCCAACUGCAAUGCAUCGUCGAUUCGCUGACCGUGACCAGGGGCUGGUCACAUCACCUCCUCAAGGGACAUGUUGUCGUUGCACCGCCGCCCAGCUAUAGGUUCCGUCCCCGUCGCGAUGUCGACUUUUUCUUGGAUCGCGAGGUUACGCGGGAUGGUCGAGGCAUUCUUCAAGCAUUCGACGUUCUAGAACAGCUCUUUGAGAGAGAUGGCGCACUGCACGGAGAUAUGAGGCGGCAUGCGGCUAAUUGCGAAAUUCUCGAGGGAUUCCAUCUCGACUAUAUGAAUUGGCUCGGCGAAUCCAAGUACAUGCAUGGUCUCAAUACCAUCCCUCCUUCUCGCUUCUCGCACACUAAUGCUAACGGGCUGUGGGAGUACUCGCCCUUCCUUUGCGGUACCGGUCUCGAAGAAGGUCUGGAGUUAGCGUAUAUAUCCGGAAUGACGAUCUGGGAUCGCCUCCCUGAGCCCAUGAUGCUGCUACACUUGCACAACAUGUUGGUUCAAGAAGGCUACAUCGAGAAGCCAGUCGGCCUAUUUGCAACUUUACAGGAGCUAUUCCCAGAGUGUUUCUUUCCCGACGGAAAGCCGCCUGUUGCGAACUAUGAUAAGGCGUUGCAAACAAUGGUGGACAACCGUGGCUCCCCAAGGGAAAGGCAACAAGUAAGAAGGGUUGCUACCUCGGCAGCAGACAUCCAUGGGAUCUUGAACCCCAAAGUCAAUGACUUUUUCCGGAAAAAAUCCACUCUGGUUAUCUUACGCGAAGCGGGUUGGAACAUCGACCGCAUUCCCGAUGCCGAUGUCUCUUUCCCCUCGGUGCUGGGCAUGCUCCGCAUCACCCAGGCAAAGCACAUUACUGAUCCUGCCACAGGCAAGAAACGGAUUGAGGAAACAGAAAUCACCAAGAGGGCCAAAGCCAAGGGCAUGAGCGAGGAAGACAUGUUCAACAUGGCGAAAACGAUGGAGGUUUUUCGGGCCACGAAAAUGAAGGCGAACGAGAUCCCCGCCGAGCGGGUCGCCCAUGCCAUGAAGCCCGAUUACUCCCGCUUCCCUGAUCGGUCCGAUCCGCGCUCCACGCGUAAGGCGCGCAUGGCUGCCGGAGGCGAGUGGGUCGACUUUUCCGACCGCGACAUGCUCGACUUCAUGAAGUUGGACAUCCAAUCCGACAUCUCGGGCGAGCGUCCGCUGUCGGCUCUAAACUUUCUCUGGACGACCACUUUCUUCUACAUGGUCUUCAUGAGGAUCGAGGAAGAGCUGGAGAAGAAGAGGAACCCACUUUGGGUGCGCGCGUACAAGGAGGCCCGCGGCCCGCUCGCGAAACAGAAGCGCCUGAGCCUGACGCUAUUGGCCAUGAUUGAGCAAGAUGAGGAAUGCUUGGAGGUCAUGGCUGAUAUCUUCACGAACCCGCGAGCAGGGUUUUUGCAGUUCAUUUACUGGGACGACAUCGAGUUCGUGGCUGAGAAGGUAGGAAAAGAUCCCCGGCCCCGGCCUAGGUCGGCUGCUUCGGGCGAUGUUGGCCCAGAUAUGGAUCAGUGUUUAGUCAUGUAG